UGUAUGUCAUCUGUUCCAUACUGUCUGUAUAUUUUUUCCAAGACACGAAUUAAAUUUCAGUAUACAAUAAAUAAAAAUUACACCCGUAUUAUAUUUACAUAAGCUAAAUAUACGUUUAAUUCAUUGACUGUUAUCGUGUAAUCAUGUGGAAGGAAAAAUCUGAGGGGGGACAUGAAAAAUCUUAUCAUACUCCACUGAAGAAAAUAGCACAAUGACUGGAACUCAUUCUGCACCUGUUCUUAUUCCUGAUGUAAUUCCUAAUCUUUGCAAAUUCCUUGGGACCAAGGACAUAAAACAGUGUCGACUAGUCUGCAAAUCGUGGAAUUACAGUGCUACCCCCACGCUAAAGGAAAGGACAACGAUAAAAAUUCGACUUUAUCCUGAAAAUGAUACGAAUCCUCUCAAGAUGUGGGACGGUGUCGUCCAAAAAAUGAAAUUCUGUGAGGACAAUGUCCACCUGGAGAUUCUCAAUCCACUGGAAUACACCCUGCCUCCAGUGGACCUCAAAAUCUUUCCCCCGGUGGGAUUUCUCAGGUCCAUUUUUGUCCAGGUGUACAAAGCAGAACAGUGGCAGAAAGGCCUUUGUGACGAAAUUGUACUGAAUUCAGCCCCGACUCUGAAGAAAUUAAGGUUUGAAUGGAGACACGAUAUGGAUUAUUUCCCAUUCCUUCGUGGCAGGAUUUUUUCAGAAUUAAGAAAACUAAUUCUGUGGGAUAUCUGGGACCGGAGAGAGAAUGAUGUUCUUCUUCUAGAAAGAAUUGGCCAAAUGAUUACGGAAGCUAUGCCAAAGUUGGAAUAUCUCAAGAUUAAUUGUGCUCAGUUAUAUGAAAUUGGAAAGAUGGGAUUCCUGCCGAAUUUUCCGCGAUCACUUAAUUGCUUGGAAUUAACGGGACAAUUGGACGCCAAAAUGCUAAAAUACAUCACUAAAAUUCCAGCCCCUUUAAGAAGACUUGCCUUCCAUCAGGUUUCCUUUGAUGCGUAUGAUCAAUACUUGAGUAGACUGCCCCUAAUGCUGUACAAAUUGCUCGAGAAACAUUCCCUCAAUUUGGAAAAACUCGAUAUCGAUAUGGCUUGGCCGGAUGGGUGUGAAAAAGUGAAGUGGGGAUUCCCAUUCCUUCCAACCCUCAAAAGUUUCCGGGUCUGUCACCCCACAACUUUUGAAAAUAUUGAGUUUCGCGAUAGACCCGUGAUAAGAAACUGGUUACAACUUGAUUAUAACGUUUGUUUCCCGAGUUUGGAAAGUUUACAUGUCUGCACGGAUUUAUUGCACGUGCCAUUUCUUCCGUCGAAAGAAAAUCAAAUUCUGAUUGCCAAUUCGGUCAAAAAAGUGGAAAUUGACGUUGACGAUGUGCGGGAUGAAGAGGAAAAGUUAGCCUUUUAUAAACGAUUAUGCGAUGUUUUUCAUAAUGCGAGAGAUUCGAUAAUCGUUACAUACAAAACGUAAGCGUCUUGAGGAGUAACUUGUCACAUUCAAGUAAUUGAAGAGAUGAAGAACUUGGUUAUAAAAUCGUUCACGAGUUACCAUUUGUUACAUUGCCAAAUUGUUAUUUGCAACAUUACAGGUUUUGCAAUAUAGUAUAUUUGAAUUUUUGGGAACAUUUUUUUAAGUCAAUAAAAAAAUUGUCCUAAAAAA